CGGGACGGGACGUCACCGCGGCCGGAAGCUCCCCCGCGCGCCGCGGUUUGGAUCUGCCCGCGGGUCCAGGCCCCGGUGGCGCUUGCGGGGAGCAGCUCCAGCCCAGGCACACCCCGAGCAGGGGGGACGAUGAGACGCGUGUCCUGGAUGCGCCCGGUGAGGGGCUGCAGCCCCCAGCCCCGGCGAUGCCCAUCCAGCUCCUCGGCCAGCCGCCCGCUGCCGCAGGAGCCCAGCCCGGAGCCCAGCCCGGAGCCCAGCCCGGAGCCAGCCGCGGGCCAGCGGCGCAUGAACCCCCUCAACAUCCAGAUGCUCUCCAGGAGCCUCCACGAGCAGAUCUUCCGCGGAGCCCAGGUGCGCUACUCGGCGGAGAAGGUGCAGCAGAGCGUGCAGCACCUGCAGCGCCACGACCUGUGGGGCAAGGAGACCUCCACGCUGCCCGACGUGCACCUGCAGCUGCCCCGCAUGUACGGGGACAACAUCGACGAGCACUUUCGGCUGCUGGCGCAGAAGCAGAGCUUGCCCUACCUGGAGGCGGCCAACGAGCUGCUGCGCUGCGAGCUGCCCCCGCUGCCUGAGCAGUGGGCGUGGAAGCUGGGCUGGACCCGCUACGGCCCCCACGGGCAAGCGGAGCCUGUUGAGUUCCCCGAGGAGCGGGCGCUGGUGCUGGAUGUGGAGGUGUGCGUGGCCGAUGGCCACUGCCCGACGCUGGCCGUGGCGGUGUCCCCGCACGCCUGGUACUCGUGGUGCAGCAGGCGGCUGCUGGAGCAGCGUUACUCCUGGUCCAGCCACCUCACCCUGGCUGACCUCAUUCCCAUGGAGAGCCCAGCAGGUGCCAGCUGUGCCAGCAAACAGGACUGGACGGAGAGAGUGGUGGUGGGACACAACGUGGCCUUUGACCGGGCGUUCAUCAAGGAGCAGUACCUUAUCCAGGGCUCCAAGAUGCGUUUCCUGGACACCAUGAGCAUGCACAUGGCCAUCUCUGGGCUGACUGGCUUCCAGCGCAGCCUCUGGAUGGCUGCCAAGCACGGCAAGAGGAAGGGGCUGCAGCAGGUCAAGGAGCACAUGAAGAGAACACGCAGCAAGGCAGAGGGGCCGGCGAUCACCUCGUGGGACUGGGUGCACGUCAGCAGCAUCAACAACCUGGCUGAUGUGCACGCGCUCUACGUCGGGGGGGAGCCGCUGGAGAAGGAGGCACGGGAGAUCUUUGUGAAGGGCACCAUGGCUGACAUCAGGAGUGACUUCCAGGACCUGAUGACAUACUGUGCCCGUGAUGUCCAGGCCACACACGAGGUGUUUCAAGAGCAGCUGCCACUGUUUAUGCAGAGGUGCCCCCACCCUGUCACAUUUGCAGGGAUGCUGGAGAUGGGAGUGUCUUACCUGCCGGUCAAUGGGAACUGGAAGAAGUACCUGGAUGAUGCUCAGGGUAUUUACGAGGAGCUGCAGAAGGAGAUGAAGAAGUCCCUGAUGAACCUGGCCAACGAUGCCUGCCAGCUGCUGCACGAGCACAGGUACAAGGAUGACCCUUGGCUCUGGGAUCUCGAAUGGGACACACAGGAGUUUAAGCAAAAGAAGAAUCCAGGGAAGAAGAAGAAGAAAGGCCAGGAUGGCAACAGCCAAGUCUCCCCAGCAGCAAUGAAUGCAGAAGAGUCAGCACAGAAGUGGCAGGAGGACCCUGGUCCCCCCAGUGAGGAAGAGGAGCAGAAAGUCUCAGCGAGCCAGCUCUGUCUGGAGCGCCUGAAGGAGACAGUCACGCUGCAACCCAAGAGACUCCAGCACCUGCCAGGCCACCCAGGCUGGUACCGCAAGCUGUGCCCACGGCUGGAGGAGGAGGGGUGGGUGCCUGGCCCCAGCCUCAUCAGCCUGCAGAUGAGGGUGACCCCGAAGCUGAUGCGCCUGGCCUGGGACGGCUUCCCCCUCCAUUACUCAGAAAAACAUGGCUGGGGGUACCUGGUGCCAGGACGGCAGGACAAUUUGCCAGCAGCUGUUACAGAGACUGAUGGCCCCUCCUGCCCACACAGGGUGAUUGAAAACCUGUACAGGCAGCACUGCCUGGAGAAGGGCAAGGAGCAGCCCGUGAGGCUGGAGGCAGCUGUAGAGGACGAGCUGGUGAUGGACAGCAGCACGAUGUGGCAGAAGAUGGAGGAACUGAGCCGGAUUGAGGUGGAUCCAGAGGAGAAAAUGAGCAAAGCAGACAAGAGCCUGGUGCAGGAGGAGAUGGAAGAGCUGAAGUGUGCAGAGAGGAACCAGCCCUCAUUCCACCAUGGCAAUGGUCCCUACAAUGAUGUCAACAUCCCUGGGUGCUGGUUCUUCAAGCUGCCUCACAAGGAUGGGAAUGAUAACAACGUGGGAAGCCCUUUUGCCAAGGAUUUCCUGCCCCAGAUGGAGGACGGCACCCUGCGGGCUGCUGUGGGCCGCACCCAUGGGACAAGAGCCCUGGAGAUUAACAAAAUGAUCUCGUUUUGGAGGAAUGCUCACAAGCGGAUCAGUUCCCAGAUGGUGGUGUGGCUGAAGAAGGGGGAGCUGCCUCGUGUGGUGACCAAGCAUCCUGACUAUAACGAGGAGGACGAUUACGGAGCCAUCCUGCCGCAGGUGGUGACUGCAGGCACUGUCACCCGGCGGGCAGUGGAGCCCACCUGGCUGACAGCCAGCAACGCCCGGGCUGACCGGGUGGGCAGUGAGCUGAAAGCCAUGGUCCAGGUGCCACCUGGCUACUCCCUGGUGGGAGCAGACGUGGAUUCCCAGGAGCUGUGGAUCGCUGCUGUGCUCGGCGAGGCGCAGUUCGCUGGCAUGCACGGCUGCACAGCUUUUGGCUGGAUGACUCUGCAGGGCAAGAAGAGCAACGCCACGGACCUGCACAGCAAGACAGCUGCCACCGUGGGCAUCAGCCGGGAGCACGCCAAGGUCUUCAACUACGGGCGCAUCUACGGGGCGGGGCUGCCCUUCGCCGAGCGGCUGCUGAUGCAGUUCAACCACCGGCUCACGCAGCAGCAGGCGCGGGAGAAGGCCCAGCAGAUGUACGCCGUCACCAAGGGCAUCCGCAGGUUUCAUCUCUCUGAGGAGGGCGAGUGGCUGGUGACGAAGCUGGACCUGGCUGUGGACAGGGCGGAGGAUGGAUCGGUGUCGGGCCAGGACGUCCAGCGGCUCCAGAGAGAAACCAUGAAAAAGUCCCGGCAGAGGAAGAAGUGGAAUUUGGUGGAGCAGAGAGUGUGGGCUGGAGGCACUGAGUCCGAGAUGUUCAACAAGCUGGAAAGCAUUGCCUUGUCCCCCUCCCCACAGACCCCAGUGCUGGGCUGUCACAUCAGCAGGGCCCUGGAGCCUGCCGUGGUCCAGGGGGAGUUUGUGACCAGCAGAGUGAACUGGGUGGUGCAGAGCUCAGCUGUUGACUACCUGCACCUCAUGUUGGUUGCCAUGAAAUGGCUGUUUGAGGAGUUUGACAUCAAAGGGCGCUUCUGCAUCAGCAUCCACGACGAGGUGCGGUACCUGGUCCAGCACCAGGAUCGCUACCGGGCAGCCCUGGCCCUGCAGAUCACCAACCUCCUCACAAGGUGCAUGUUUGCCUACAAACUGGGCCUCCAGGAUCUGCCACAGUCAGUGGCUUUCUUCAGUGCAGUGGAUAUUGACCAGUGCUUAAGGAAAGAGGUGACCAUGAACUGUGUGACGCCAUCAAAUCCCAUGGGGAUGGAGAAGUACGGCAUUCCUCAAGGGGAAGCACUGGAUAUAUAUCAGAUAAUUGAAAUAACCAAAGGCUCGCUGGAGAAGCAAUGAUGACACCAAAGUGCCAGGACAAUUGUCCAGACUACAUGCCAAAGCCUUCCUGUCCUUUCAGAAGCAGAUCUUUUGGCAGGGACUGAUCCCAGUCGCUCCCUUUCCCUUUUGCUGUAAGAAGGGAUGUUCCUGGGGAAGAUUUUGUAGCAGCACAUGCAAUCAGCAGAGGCACUUCUGAUGGCAGCAGCCAGCUGUAAAACCUGAGACGGGGGCCAGAGUCGCUCCCAUGGACACCAAGGAAGAAGGCAUAAGUAUUUGGCAAGAGAAGCAAUAAACCAUCAUCUCCACAUCUGCAGGCUCUGAGACCAAGGCAAGUCCACCAUGGAAAAGGCACUGUGAGAGAAGGCAGUGGCAGCAGCCCCAGUUUAUUUUUUUCUCUGUCUCUUCUUUUUGGGUUCCUGGUUCUCAUCUGUCUGCUCCGCUGUGCUGCUCUGGAGAGGGGAGGAAGAGAGCAGCAGUAGAGUGUGAUUGGUUUUGUGUGAGUAGUCUAGGGAAUGUUUACCUAGAGCAAGAAGCCAGCUGUGCAGAACAAGAUUUAGCUCUUUUUUUUUCUCACUAACAAAAUGACCUGAGUAUGGGAUUCCUGUCAGCCACUGAGACUUUCCCCAUGGACCACCUGCUCUCCAGUUCAUGCUGGAACUCAAACCACAGAGCAGGGACUUUGUCCUGGGUUUUGGCUUGUUGAAACACUCAGGAAAAUAUGGACAGAAGCACCAAUAAAAACCUGGACAAUCA